GCCAGGCGGCUGAGCCUGGGGAUCCUCGGCGGAGUGUGAAAGUGACAGCUGGGCAGAGGGGAGUCCCGGCGGAGUGCACCGCCCCGCCUUCCUCCUGCACGGCUCCAGGAGGCAGCCCGGGCCCCUGCCCGCGCCCGGGGGGUUCGGAUCUGCCCAGCCCCAGGCGUGGCACCUUUGCCCCCCUGUCCCGUCCUCAGCCGUGGGGGGCCCCCCAGCAGCCCCCGCCUCUCCGGGGAGCCCCUGUGCCCCCGCGCCCUAUGGAUUGCCGCCGUCCCUUGGGAGGAGGAGCCAUGUGCAGUCGGUGCCCGGGGCCCUGCCAUCGGCUGCACCGGGCGGCGCGGGAGUAACUCCGAGCCUGGCGGGUCUGCGGAGGGAGCGAGGACGCCCCGGCUCCGGCCCGCCGCGCUGGCGGGAGGGCGGCUCUGCGCCGCACCUAACCCCGGCACCAUGGACAGUAUCCUGGAGCCCUUCCCCUCCGAGCGCCUCUUCCCCGGAGGCGGCUCCGGCUUCCUGGACCUGGGCGACCUGAACGAAGCGGAUUUCCUCAGCAAUGUGCAUUUCUCUGAGAAUCUGGAUCAUUUCUCUGAGAACAUGGAGGAUUUCUCCAACGAACUCUUCAGCAGUUUCUUUGAUGAUCCAAUGUUGGCUGAAAAGAAUCCUCUACUGGACAUGGACAUGGACUUGGACCCUGCUACUCCAGGCAUCCAGGCAGAGCACAGCUAUUCGCUCAGUGGAGAUUCUGCUCCCCAGAGCCCCCUCAUGCCUAUCAAGACCGAAGAUAAUGCCAAUGACCUGGAGAGUGGCGUGUGGGCCCUUGGACACAAGCUGUGUUCCAUUAUGGUGAAGCAGGAACAAAACCUGGUUCCAGAACUUCCUGAAUCCCAGCUUGCAGCCAGCUUAGUGCCAGCGCUGAACCUCAACCCACUGCAGAGACUGCCGGCACCUGAGGAGGCACCUGUGGAAAUGACUCCACCACCCGUGAUCAAAGCUGAGCCCAGGGAAGUGAACCAGUUUUUAAAUGUACCAGCAGAUGACCUGGUGCAGAUGCCUCCGACACCCCCCAGCAGCCAUGGCAGUGACAGUGACGGAUCCCAGAGUCCACGCUCCCUGCCUCCCUCCAGCCCGGCCCGGCCAGCUGCUCGCUCUUCCAGUGCAAUCUCCACCUCGCCUCUCCUCACGGCACCACAUAAGUUACAAGGGACUUCAGGCCCCCUGCUCUUGACUGAGGAGGAGAAACGCACCCUGAUUGCAGAGGGCUACCCCAUCCCUACCAAGCUGCCCCUCACCAAAGCAGAGGAGAAGGCACUGAAGAGGGUCAGGAGGAAAAUCAAGAAUAAGAUCUCUGCUCAGGAGAGUCGCAGGAAGAAGAAGGAAUAUGUAGAGUGUCUAGAGAAAAAAGUUGAGACUUUCACAUCUGAAAACAAUGAACUGUGGAAAAAAGUGGAAACCUUAGAAAACGCAAACAGGACUUUGCUCCAGCAAUUACAGAAGCUCCAGGCCCUAGUAGCUGGGAAGGUCUCCAGACCAUAUAAAAUGGCUUCCACACAGACAGGGACCUGCCUGAUGGUACUGGUGCUGUGUUUCGUUCUGGUCCUGGGAUCCAUGAUGCCGUGUCUCCCAGAAUUCUCCUCCACCUCACAGACAGUGAAAGCCGCUCCGGCUCCAGACAUUUACACAACCAGUAAGAUUCAGUCCCGGAGCCUCCUGUUCUAUGACGAGGGCACUGGCUCCUUAGAGGAGGGCUACGGCUCCUUCCUUCCAGUGGAGCAUCCUGUGGGCUGGGAGACGGACAAAGGGCAGUCUGAGGAGAGGAGGCCUCAGGAGCGCAUGCAGGGCCACCUGGCCAGGGUGCACGAGACAGCCAAGUAUCUAAACAAAUCCCACAUGGAGGGCCCAGACCAGAACCAAACUAACCCAACUCUUACCCACCUCAAAGAGCAGUUCCAGGAGAGGGAGGUGCGCUCCAGUGAUGCAGCCGAAUCUUUGUAGCAGAUGCCAGCCCUCAAGGCCUCGUCCGACUGGAUGCAGACUCCCCUCCCCACUGAGUGAUUGAGGGGACUUGGUGGGAGAGGACACUGCGUUCAGACACUCCCAAGCUGGUGUUGGCCUCAGCCUCUCAUUUCCACGCAGCCCAUGUUAGUGCUGAUCUCUCUGAUGGGAUUCACUGUGACUGCCAGCAUCAGGGAUUGUCUCUGCCCAAGCCCUUCUCUCCUCCCCUGUGAACAUUGCCUCACCAGUGUGUGUUCACCCUCUUGCUGGGCUGGAGGAGGAGAUCCGUGUGUGACUUGAGAUUUGUAUGUGACAUCAUUUCCAACAGUUCUGUACCCCUUGCUCAUGUCAGUCAAAUGCACCCGAAGGAGAGAGAGCUGAGUUUAUUACCUGCUAGUAUGGUAACUUCGGGGUUAGUCUCCGAGGCUGCAUCUAGAUUGGCAUUAUUUUCCAGAAAUGCUUUUAACGGAAAAGUUUUCCGUUAAAAGCAUUUUCGGAACAGA